AUGCAGAAGAACAUCUCUUUUUGUAUCCUUAUGUUGGCACUAUCAACGACGGCAUCAACCACGACAUCAACCACGGCAACGAGCUGUGCACCGGGGGGUUACAUGACCGCCCUAGCCAACUUCGACCUUCAACUUCCCAUCGCAUCAUCUAGUGGAGAUACGGCUGAACAGAUUGCUGCCACAAAGGUAGCAGGCUGCAGCGGCUACCAAAAUGCAGACUGGUUCUACUGGAAUACGGCCAGUUCUUACCUCGUUAUGAACGCGCCUCCAACCAGCACACCAUGUGCGAAAACCUCAGGCAGCAAGCACUGCCGCACUGAGCUUCGAGAGGCUGUGCCUUCUAGCUGGAGCCCUUCGGGCACCAACACGAUGAAUGUCAAGCUCAAGGUGGCGCAGGCCGAUGAUGGAGACUAUGGCACCGUUAUUGGCCAGGUCUUCUCAGCGAGCUUUUCCAAGCCUAUCAUCGAGCUUUACUAUAAUCCGAUCGGCGUUAUCACUGUUGGCCUGGAGACAACGGCAUCGGGAGGAAGCGAAAACUUCACCCAGGUUGGCACAAUUCCGGAGAAUACGGUCUUUACCUAUGAGCUGAACUACUCGGACGACGAGCUCACAGUCUCGAUCAAUGGUGGAGAGGCUACUAAUUUUGCCGUUACGCAAUUGGGUACUCCGGAUGCCUACUUCAAAGUUGGUGACUAUAAUCAGGGAACUGACGUUGCUAGUGAAGUUGAUAUAUAUAGCAUCGAUGUUGUGCACUCUUGA